GUAAAUUCGAGAAAAAUAAAUAUAAAUCAUGUUGCGCGACGUGCUGGUGCAUCUACUAAUUAGUGCCGUGGGUAUACUAAUUGGUACAUCCGCAUUUUUUGUUUUAUUCAUUAUUUAUGGCAAUCACGAUGUUGGAUUUUGGUCGAUAUUAACAGGUGCCUUAGCUGGCGUCUGUUUUCACUUGCAUUGGAUAAAAGGCAAGGAAACUUUGGAAAGAUGGCAUACUAGAGCCACGUUGAGAAAUUUGAACGUUGUUGGCUUUGUGAGUGCCGUAGCUGGCGUAACUGCAUUGAUCUGGUACCUGUUUCUUACGUUUUACUACAAAAUUCCCAUUCGACCAAUUUCUGAAAGCACUGUCAUAUCAGCAGUUUGGUCUAUGAUCUGUGGAAAAUGGGGUAUUACAUUGAUGUACUACUCAAACAAGUAUGAAUUAUUGAUCCAAGAGGGAACAUUACCUAUACUCGCAGACAGUACAUAAAACACAUAACGUCAUUGUUUUAUACUUUUAUAUAAAAUGAGAUAUUUUCUAGAAACUAACAGAUAUAUAUAUAUAGACCAAACUUGUUCAAAUUUUUAUUUGCGAGCAGAAUACUUGGUUUUUUUUCUUAUAAAUACAUAUUGAAUAGUGACAAGAAAGUUAUUGAAUAUUGUGGGAUCUGUAAAUCGUGUACUUGUGUUCAGGGACAGGAAAGUUAUCAAUCCAUGAUAAUAAUAGAUUAUGAAUAUCGAUCGAUACCUGAAGAUUAAAUGUGAGAAAAUAUAAUUAUGUUUCAUAACGGCAACGACGUGACAAGUAACGCGUUACUUCCAUACCCUGCUUGUCUUAUGCCAUAUAGUGUUAUUGUUAAGAUCUACAGCAUCAUUGCUUCCUGAUGAGAAUGGAAAAGAUAUAAAUAUCCUUCCGCUCGAUGAGUUUGAACAGAUUUGGUAUAAACAAUUUACAUUUUUUAAGGUUGCCAGCAAUAAUUAUUAAAUUGAAUUUAAGUCGACCUCGGCUGGCCAAUAUCUAUUAACGUUUUUAAAAUUUUGAACAGAUGCAAUUUGUAAGUUUCUUUUUUACAUACAAUUGGUGAGUUUGUAGCAGACCAUGUAUUAAAAUAAUUGAAAAUUUCAGCCUUAUAUUAUAUUUCACUUGGAAAAGACCUAAACCAAAGGCCGUUUUGUUGCCUCUUCUAAUAAAUAUUAGCUAGUUGAGGUCGACUAAGAUUCAAUUUGAUUUGGUAUUUUUUUGGUCUAAAUAUACCUCUAAAAAAAUAUAUAUAUAUAACCCCACGAAAAUAUAUAUGUAUACAU